ACACGGACACACGGACACGCACACGGACACGCACACGCAGCGCGGCCCCGCAGCGCGGCUCUGCGGCCAAACCCCGCCAACAAAGACCCCUCCGCCCCCCUCGCCGCCGCCCCCCGCGGGAUGUAGCCGGGCCGGGAGCCCCAGCGAGGCAGCGGCCCCGCCGCUCCGUGCCCCGCAGCGAGGCCGGGAGGCGGCGGGCUCAGAGGCGCUGCCGCCACCAUGGGCAAAUCCAACAGCAAGUUGAAGCCUGAAGUUGUGGAAGAGCUGACCAGGAAAACGUACUUCACSGAGAAGGAGGUGCAGCAGUGGUACAAGGGCUUCAUCAAGGACUGUCCGAGCGGGCAGCUCGAUGCCGCCGGCUUCCAGAAGAUCUACAAACAGUUCUUCCCCUUUGGUGACCCCACCAAAUUCGCCACCUUCGUUUUCAACGUCUUCGAUGAGAACAAGGAUGGGAGGAUCGAGUUCUCCGAGUUCAUCCAGGCGCUGUCGGUCACCUCCAGGGGCACGCUGGACGAGAAGCUGAGGUGGGCGUUCAAGCUGUACGACCUGGACAACGACGGAUACAUCACGAGGAACGAGAUGCUGGACAUUGUGGAUGCCAUUUAUCAGAUGGUGGGAAACACAGUGGAGCUUCCUGAGGAGGAGAACACGCCUGAGAAGAGGGUGGAUCGGAUUUUUGCCAUGAUGGACAAGAAUGCUGAYGGGAAGCUGACGCUGCAGGAGUUCCAGGAGGGCUCCAAGGCCGACCCCUCCAUCGUGCAGGCGCUCUCCCUCUACGAUGGGCUCGUAUAGUCCCGGGGCCGAGCGGCGAUGCCUGGGGGAGGACGCUCUCCGUGCCAUCCGACCACCGCCGUGCGAAGCUUGCCUGUCCCUCCCGGCCUUCCUUUCCGUUCCGAGCGAAGGAUGCCCUCGAAGCGCGAGCUCACUCCCCCUGUCCGCACUCCGAGCCAGCCGCUGCCAUCGCCAACUUCUGCUUUUCCCAAAAAAACAAAAAAAAAACCCCGCGCCAGACCCCGGUCUGAGCGGCAGCGAUCGCCCAAGACUGCAGGGCCGGGGAGGGGUCGAGAAUGGCAGAGCAGAGCCCCUCUCGGCCUCUGAGCCCCCUUUGCUCCCCUCUUCCUACAUUUUCGGAUGGGACCGUGGAUGCGCCRGCGGGGUCCUCUCUUGGGACGGAGCCCAGAGGUACCGGGGGCUGCACCCCCCGUGCGGGGUGGCCGGGCAGCCGAGGCACCGACAGCGAUUGGGAACAGUCCUGGCGUCACCCAGCCUGGCCCGGCUCACUAGGGAUAUA